GUCAAUUGCUUAUGCGAAGGAAAAGUAGUAGAAUUCUACGCUGGAAAGUAUAAAAUGUGCGGUGGGUUUACAUGUUCGAAGAACGCGCUAAUAACUCUGAAUGUACUAUAUAUCGUCGUCGCCUUUAUCCUUAUAGGGGUUGCAGUCUACGGGAGAGCAGCGUCUCUGGUGACGAAUUUGCCCAUCGUGGGCGGUAUAUUAGCAUGCGGGAUUAUAUUGAUAACUAUAUCAGUGCUGGGACUGAUGGGGGCCGUCAAACAUCACCAGGUCAUGCUUUUUUUUUACAUGUUGAUACUCUUCCUGUUGUUCUUAAUCCAAUUUUCUGUUGCGUGCGCCUGUUUGGGUGUCAAUCAAUCACAGCAAGAACAACUUGCUGAGCAGGGAUGGGUCCGGGUAAAGAACACAACUAAAGAAAAUGUCCAGAAGACUUUCAUGUGUUGCGGUUUUGACAAGCAAGUUGACGAGGUAGUUUGGCAUCCACCUUGUGAUGAAGUCGAGUUGAAAUGCUGUCCCAAUCCUAGUGAUCGGAGUUGUGCAUGUGAUGGCUGCCUAGAUAAGCUCCAGAGCACCAUAAAUUACGCAUUCAAAUUAUGCGGCUGGAUUGGACUGUUCUUCAGUUUUACUGAGUUUAUGGGCGUGCUGUUAACAGUGCGGUACCGUAACCAAAAAGACCCCAGGGCUAACCCAAGCGCUUUCCUCUAGUCGCGUAACGUCCAAUGUUUACACACGAUUUUGGGCGUGGUGUUGACGCGACGGUAUCGUAAUCAGCAAGAUCCCGACCAACAGCUGAAAGCGACCGCUAUUUUUCCCAGACACAAUUUCACCUAUUAACUGUAAAGAUUUAUUCUAGUCUUCGUGUUAAGGUUCAGCGUUUAAUUUAAACCAUAACCAGCUCGUACCAAAGACCCAAUAUGGUUGCCAUUACCUUUUUCGCAAACGGAUGGCAUACUCGGGAUUAUCGAAUUAAUCGUAAUUGUUCAAGUUACUUUGUUUCACUUUUUUUUGUUGUCUAUAAUUUUAAAGCCAAUUGAUCAAUUGAAUCGUGUUAAAAUAAAAACGGUAGAAAUGUUUCAGACGGUUGCCUAGGCAGGUGUGACAAACUCUCAAGGUCAUAUUUUCAGAUAUAAAAAUAAUAUGAAUUGGAUAAUCCCGGUCUAAGAGUUAUUUUUGACUGACAAGCUGUGAUGUUUUAGCAUUGAUUUCGUAACCGCUCAUCAAUUUGUAGAUCUUGCUGCAUGCGACAUGUUCCGAUUUAAUGAAAAAAAAGUCUAUUUAAGCAGCGCCGGUGCUUUUGUUUAUGGCGGUCAAUACUAAUCACUAGUACCUUUGUUUUAUAUUUUUAAGCCUUCAAGCUUACGUUUCUCGAACAAAAGAGGUUGUGUUUCCAAAUCUAUCGAUGUACGAGUAGUUUUUUAGUCUUCCCUUAGAUAAAGAAGCAAUUCCUGGAUCUGUUAUACGUUCUCCUCGUAAAAACCUUGAAAUGCUAGACAUUGGCUAUUUUUGCUAUUCGAGGUUGAAGUUUCUAGCGAUCUAUCGGGGUGCCGUUGUAAAAUAGAAUCCUAGAUUACUAGCCAAGACAAGUCGUCUCAACUGUAUAGGGUGUUUCGAACUCGGCCGGUGGAUAGAACUCGACAAAUGAAUAAAAUUUGCUUUAUAGACCACGUGGGUCCAGCCCUACCUUUUUUGUGCCAUGCCCCACCGUAACAUUUCUAAAAAAAGAAACAUAAAUGAUAGGUUUUAGGAAGGUAUCCCUAUGAAAUAUAAUAAAAAAGUGAAAUUCAAAUUGAAAAUAAUUUUAACCCAUAUUAUUCCAAGCAUAAAAAAAAUGCUUUUUUGCUCAGAAAUUAUUUAUUUUGUUGCACUUAAGAAUGCAUUACAUGUAUAAAAAAAAAAUGAAAACUCGAAACGUACAAAAAAUACUGGCGCGUAAACGAAUCACUGUGAAAAAACAUUAAAUAAUGUUUUGGGGCACGUAGGAUGUAACAUAUAAUUUAUACAUAAAUAUACAAAACAAAGUUCAAAUUCGAUAGAAAACAACUAGAUUGUUUUCCAAAUAGAACCAGAUUUGAUACAAAAAAAAAAUGCAUAAAAAGCGCACUGGUAACACCCGGUUUCAUUUUUUGUGAUAUUUUACAAAGCAUGAAGUAUGUAAAUGCACAUUAAGCGGUCUAUACACAUGCAGGCAAGUGCUAACACUUACCUGUACAGGUCGAGACACGCGAAUGUGUAUGGGUCAAAACUCAAGGCGCGUUCAGUUCCAAGCGCGGCUCGAAGCGAAUCAAAUUGUCUGAUGCUAAAUAUGUGGCAAUGAAUGAUGACCCGGCGGUUAUUGUCUUGAGUAUAUUUUACCGAAAAUUUUAAAAUCAAAUCACUUCGUCAUCAAAGAACAAAAAAAUAUUUCAAACGGAGUCUUUUCGGAAAACCUAUUUUUUAAUUUCUCACAUGACCUAAAUUCAUUCGGAUAUAGGUGUGUGAGUGUACUCAAUCUGACCUUUCUUCCAUUUGACAGUAGAAGCAAGCCUGUCGUUUGCAGAAAGCAUACAUUUUCUUCUGAAUUCCAGAGAUUCAUCAUCUAAUGAGUGACAUUCAGGUUCAGUAGUUGAUGAAUUACAGGACUGUUGAAGGACAGCUUUAUCAUUCGGUGUAUGUAACUCGAAAGUUCCAACUAUAUCAGUUGGUUAGAUUUAUGUUAUAGUUCAUAUCUUCUUCGUCAGUCAUGAUAUCCACGUCGGGAGGAAUAUAAACCGCGUCUAUAUGUUCUGUAAAUAUUUUUUCACGUUAUUUUUAGCAUAAAUUUACAAGCAAUGUGUGUAACGUGUGUACGUAAAUCCAAAUAAUAUUUACGACUUUCAUUGUUAUUGUCUUCAUUCAUAACGAUCUCUUCCAUAGCCGCCUCUAAUUUCUUUUGAGUCAAAUACCUCAGAAAUUUUACGAACUGUAACGUUCACUGCACAAGGCACAAACUAAAACUAAAGAACACGCUAAUUGUUGGAUGUUUAUUCUACAUGCGCUGACUUGUCUAGACUUGUAAUAACAAAGUUUUGUUUGACAGAUAAAACCAGUGGUGCAUUCACGCACCACAAAAAGUAAAGCAUAAUCAAUUUCCAAUGUAUGUUUUCUGCGAUGUAAUCUACAUGCUAUAGACAUAACAAAAAUGGCAAUUUUGCAAAUUUUACAAAUUGCCCCCUUGUGGAAUGUGGGCCCCACGUUAGAAAACACGGGUCUAGGCGGUCUCGUUUUUGUGAUACAGGACCGAAUUGGUGCAUCUUUAACAUUAUAGUUUAUUUAAUACUUCAUAUCCACUGACGCCACUGACUGUAUAUAUUUUUUAAAAACUCAAAUGCGUUUAUUAUGAAGAAGAAUAAACAGCAUCUUAUUUUUUAAUUAAAUUCGAAUAAAAUUCAGGCCAGAGCAAAUUUGGUUCGUUGAGAUCUAUCUAUAGGCCGUGCUUGAAUGAAUUCUGAAACGCUUUGUAUAUUUCGAAGGUGUCCUGUUAUUUUUAAGCAUUCCUAGGUGUGAUAUAUUUUUUUGUACAAACGCUUCUGGUCAUGUCGAUGGGAGGGGCUUUUUCCCUUUGCCGUCUCUCGGUCGUUGGUGAUGUACGUUCUGCUGCUCAAAAUGAAAAAUAUCUUCAAAUACUGUGCUUAGUACAAUAAGGUUAGAUGUCCGAUUAUAUGUAGGGUGUGUGCAUGUAUCGUGAAUAAAUAUAUAACAUGUUAUGUACAGACAACGACUUGUUUUAUUUUUGCGGUGGUUAG